UCAUUUCACGUGUUUCGGUUUGGGAGCGCUUGCAAGCAUGCCUCAUACCGGUUAAACUUGAGUCCUUCUUGAGUACUUGAGUAUGUCUUGUACAGCAAUGCGUUUACUUACUGGUAUCCCAAAUCUACAACAUGGACGACAACACUUUAGAACAAUAUUUAGCGUCUCAUCUAUCUGGGACCCCAAACUGUCUUUAGAGCAAAAAGUGGAGAUUGAACACCACUGGAAGGAUAAGAUCAAUCACACAGUGAGACACAUACCAGAUUCUCGCAGCAAAAUGUACAUCUUGUCUAUGUUUCCCUACCCGUCUGGGCAGCUUCAUCUUGGCCAUGUCAGAGUAUACACUAUUAGCGACACAUUUGCUAGGUACUAUCAAUUGCAGGGCAAAGAGGUCAUUCAUCCAAUGGGUUGGGACAGCUUUGGCCUCCCAGCUGAAAAUGCAGCUGUGGAGCGUAAUGAGAACCCAUGCACAUGGACAGAGAAUAGUACAAACAUUUGUUUCAGCAAUAUAGCUGCAAUGAAAAAGCAACUGCAGGAUAUGAACUUCAAUUUUGACUGGAGCAGGGAAGUUUCAACCUGCAGUCCGGAAUACUAUCGUUGGACGCAGUACCUCUUCCUUAUGCUUUAUCACAAGGGGCUUGCUUACAGGAAAAAUUCCAUUGUAAACUGGGAUCCCAUUGACAGAACAGUUCUUGCGGAUGAGCAAGUGGAUGCAGAUGGCCAUUCUUGGCGAUCAGGUGCUAAAAUUGAAAAGAAAGUUCUCAAGCAGUGGUUCAUCAAGACAACCUACUUCUCAAAGGCACUAUAUGAUGGACUAAAUGACCCACUGCUACAAGGCUGGGAUGAUGUAGUGAACAUGCAGCGUGGCUGGAUAGGAGAGUGCACUGGCUAUGCCUUCAGUUGGACCCUCUUUGUGGAUGGGCAACAACUUGAAGACCCUCUUGCAGUCUGGACCGAACAUCCUGAGCUCCUCUAUGGAGUGUCGUUUGUGGCUGUUUCAAAGGACCACAUUCUUGCACAUCCUGCACUGUCACACUGUGGGGAUUCAGAGCUAACUAAUAUUGUGGCUGAAAACCCAAUUUCUGGAAAGAGGGUCCCUGUAUUCAUCACAGAUUCCUUUGCAUAUCCUCAUGCUACGCAGUCAUAUUUAGGAAUUCCAUGCUUCAGUAAAGAUGAUGCAGACUUUGCACAACUACAUGGGCUGGAGCUCAACAAUGUUUUAUCAAGAAAUAAUUCAUAUUUAAUUAACUCAGGGGAUUUAACGGGAUUAUCUAUGGAAGCAGCUAGGCAAGAGGUCUGUAAACGAGCACAUGAAAAGGGCUGUGGAGGUUACAUCACAAGCAACAAGCUACGUGACUGGCUCAUAUCAAGGCAAAGAUACUGGGGGACCCCAAUACCUAUUGUCCACUGUCCAUCCUGCAAACUUGUACCUGUACCAUAUGAAGAACUCGCAGUAAAGCUACCCCAACUGAGCAAGGCCACAAAAGAUGGUGUCUCCCCCCUCUGUGGUGUGGCAGACUGGCUUCAUACUACUUGUCCACAGUGUGGGGGUCCUGCUACGCGUGAAACAGAUACUAUGGACACAUUUGUUGACAGUUCGUGGUACUAUUUGAGGUUUCUAGAUCCAAAAAACCAGCGACAGCUUCAGGAUCCCAGUGUAGCUCAUUUGAUGCCUGUGGAUCUUUAUAUUGGUGGACUUGAACAUGCUGUGCUUCAUCUGUACUAUGCCCGCUUCAUGAGCCAUUUCUGCCAUAUGUGUGGUCUGACCAAAAGUCCAGAGCCAUUCCAUCAAAUGCUGGUUCAUGGCAUGGUGCUGAACGAGACAUACCGAUUACAGGAUACCGGCCAGUAUUUGCCAAAGUCUCAAGUUGAGAAGAAGGGCUCAAAAACAUUUGAAAAAGACACAGGCAAGCCAGUUGUUGUUGAAUGGGACAAAAUGAGUAAAUCAAAGCAUAAUGGAAUCAGACCAGAGGAUGUAGUUGGAAAAUAUGGUAUAGAUGCUACUCGCCUUUUCAUCCUCUCAGCUUACGCACCCACUUCCAGGUACAAAUGGCCAAGUCCAGCUUUUCGAGGCAUCAUCAGUUGGCAAGAACGCCUCUGGCUAACUAUACAUGACUUCCGAAAGAGUAAGGAAUCAUCAGAGGGGUCACCAAAUGAUGCAGUUGAAGCAUACUAUUACGAAGGUCGCAAUCAUUUUUUAAAACAUGUAAAUCACAAGUACAAUGUAACACGGCAACUGAACCUCAUCAUAAAAGAUCUUCAGACUUACACUAAGUACUUACGGCACAACAACAGAGGCACCACAAACUUUGGCUGUGAAUUUGAAAGGGCACUGGCAGCUCUCAUAAUUAUGCUGGCACCUAUAGCGCCCCACUUUGCCUCGGAAUUAUGGGCAGGAUUCAGUAAUGCGGCCGAGUUCACAGACGUAGGCCAUGACAUAACAAAGCCUGUCAUGCAACAGGCAUGGCCUCAAGUUGACAUGGACUACAACCUUGACUUGCUUGUGAAGGAAGGUGACGAAGACUUAAUGAAGCUGAUGGUACCCCGUUAUCAACUGGAUACACUUACAAAAGAAGAAGCCUACCAGAUGGUGAUCAAAUCAGAUAGUCUUCGAACAAGGCUUCAGAAGUGGCCCAGGUUCCAAGUAGCAUUUGAACUCCAUCCAUCAUAUAUGGCAACCCUAAGAUUCAUCCCACAAAAAGACAUAACCAGUUCAUGAACGAAUCUACUCCUCCAAGAAAAAUACCUGAAUGAUGUAAAACAUGCAGGUAGCUCUAGAGCUGGAUUUGUAGGAAUUUAGGAAGAUUACAACCUAACCACACCUCA